AUGACCAACCCAAUCAAGGAAUAUGGCUUCACAGCGGUCCCGGCUUCGGCCACGGCUCUUCUAACCUCAACGCCAGCAUACCCACGUCUCCACGCCAACCCACCCCCAAUCCCCAUCAGCGAGACCCCCAUCCCCACCACGGCUCUAGCGCAACGCAUCAACGAAUACGCAAAAACCCACCUUGCCGAGCCAACGUACAAUCACUCGCUCCGCGUAUACCACUACGGCCUCGCCAUCAAGAAGCACCGCCUCGCUUUCGAAGACUGGGCCUUUUCGGACGAGACAUACUUCCUCGCCUGCGUUCUGCACGACAUCGGCACAACGGAUACUAACCUUCACGCCACCCAUCUGAGCUUUGAGUUCUUUGGCGGGUUCCUGGCGCUACGGCUACUGCAAGAUAGUGAAGGUGGUACUAGUGGGUCCGCCGCGCCGCGAGAGCAGGCGGAGUCUGUGGCGGAGGCUAUCAUCCGGCAUCAGGACCUGUGCGAGGUUGGAAAGAUUACAGCGGUUGGACAGCUUCUGCAGCUGGCGACAAUCUUCGAUAACACCGGUUCAUAUGCCGAUCUUGUCCAUCCGGAUACCAUCAAGGACGUUUGUGCGCACUUCCCGCGCCACCACUGGAGCGGGUGUUUCGCCGCGACAAUCCAUCGGGAGAACGGGUUGAAGCCGUGGGCGCACACGACCGCACUAGGGGAGGAGGCUUUCCCUGCGAAAGUGUUGGGAAAUACCUUGAUGGAGCCAUAUGAGUGA